AUGCAAAUCUAUCGUCUCUUGAGCUCGCAUUUGUCGUCAUGUCUCACACUGUCAAUUUCUUCCUUUCUUGCAUCUUUUCUUUCUUUUUAUAUCUUUCUUUUCUUUUCUUUUCUUUUCUUUCUUUUCUUUUCUUUUCUUUUCUUUCUUUCUUUCUUUCUUUCUUCUUCCGUCUUUCAUACUUUCUUCCUCACUUUUUGCCGUCUUUUUUUUUCUUUCUUCUAUCUUUUUCACUUUUCUUUCUCACUUUCUUCUCUCAUCUUCUUAAUCUGUCCAUUUUGUUUUUCGUUCUCUCUGUUGCGUCUUUUUUCCGUUCUAUCACUAUUUUCUUCUUUCAUUUACUCAAUAUUAACUCUUUGUUGUUCUCUGUUUUUUUCAUUUCUUUCUUUCUUUCUUUCUUCAUUUUUUUCAUAUUUUCUUUCGUUCGUUCUUUCUCUCUUUCUUCUUCAGUGUCUCACACUGUCAAUUUCUUCCUUUCUUGCAUCUUUUCUUUCUUUUUAUAUCUUUCUUUUCUUUUCUUUUCUUUUCUUUCUUUCUUUCUUUUCUUUUCUUUCUUUCUUUCUUUCUUUCUUUCUUCCGUCUUUCAUACUUUCUUCCUCACUUUUGCCGUCUUUUUUCUUUCUUCUAUCUUUUCACUCUUUCUUUCUCACUUUCUUCUCUCAUCUUCUUAAUCUGUCCAUUUUGUUUUUCGUUCUCUCUGUUGCGUCUUUUUUCCCGUUCUAUCACUAUUUUCUUCUUUCAUUUACUCCAAUGUUAACUCCUCUGUUGUUCUCGUUUUUUCAUUUCUUUCUUUCUUUCUUCAUUUCUUUCAUAUUUUCUUUCGUUCGUUCUUUCUCUCUUUCUUCUUCGGUGUCUCACACUGUCAAUUUCUUCCCUUUCUUGCAUCUUUUUCUUUCUUUUAUAUCUUUCUUUUCUUUUCUUUUCUUUUCUUUUCUUUCUUUCUUUUCUUUUCUUUCUUUCUUUCUUUUCUUUCUUCCGUCUUUUCAUACUUUCUUCCUCACUUUUGCCUGUCUCACACUGUCAAUUUCUUCCUUUCUUGCAUCUUUUCUUUCUUUUUAUAUCUUUCUUUUCUUUUCUUUUCUUUUCUUUCUUUCUUUCUUUUCUUUUCUUUCUUUCUUUCUUUCUUCCGUCUUUCAUACUUUCUUCCUCACUUUUGCCGUCUUUUUUCUUUCUUCUAUCUUUUCACUCUUUCUUUCUCACUUUCUUCUCUCAUCUUCUUAA